UUGUAUUCUGAAUUAUUACUGCAAUUAAAAAGCUUAGGUGCUGAGUUGCAGGAUACUCCUCUUACAGCCAAAAAACAUUUUCCAAAAGGAUAACACAUAGUCAGUGUUGCAAUGUUUAAAACAGCAUUCAUUCAUUCUCUCUUGAGGCUUCACUGAAGAAUACAGCAAGUGGUAGCUAGAGUACAUGAUCAAAGCUCUACUGAAGUGAAGUCCCUAAUCUCUACGCUGUUCUGACAUGUAAAUCAAAAUGAAAUGCAUGGGGCAAAUAAACCUUUCAGCAUCUAUUUUAGCUAGACUUUGCCUUUCUGCCAUUUUCCAUGCCAGACAUGAGAUGCAGUGUACUCCCAGGAUUAGCUUUUUCCCAGUGGACUGAUUUUACAUAUCACUGAAUGACCCCCAGAAAAGCACAUUGUACUAGCUUGUCACAUGUGACAGAAACUGCUGGCUUUUCUUUUGACAACAUGAAACAUUUGCACUUUCAGCAUUUUCACACAGUGCUGUACAUGUUAGCAAGUGUACAUGUAAGUUUCAUAAACUGAGCUAUUCUUUUUUUAAAAUUCGACUUUCCAUACAGCUGAACAAGUGACUGAAUCAACUAAACAAUAAGACAGAGCACAUGAAAAUUUUGGUCCUGCUGUUCAUGCAUGGUAAGUAAAAUUAAAUGUAUAAUUGACUGGGAGUUGUUGAUUGCAAUAAAUUUCUACAGCAUGCUAUUUGGUGAAUAGCUGUGAAAAUACCAAACUUUUUGAAUUCUCAUGGAUUAUGUAAAUAAAAUGAUAGUUUUCCCUUCAUAUUUAAUUUGCAUUAAUUAUAGUAGCUAUAAUUUAAUGCUAUGGGAAAAUGGAAAGAUUUUAAAAAUGUAUGCUAAUGUGACUGCUAAACAUUUCUGCCUGCUGCUAGGCUGAAAAGAAGUCUAGUUCAUUUAGUAUAAACAUAGACUAUCUACUUUUUGUGAUAAGUUAGAACAGCUAAUUACAGUGUGCAGAUAUUUAUUUAGUCAUAUAUAAUUUGCUCUUAGACAAAGGGUAUUUUAGGCAUCUCUUAGUGGAUGUCCAUUUGUUGAUAAUCUAGCUAUAGUUGAAAGCAAAAGGUUCUCACAUAUAAUUUAAAGUAUGACUUGCUUAAAGGCAGAACAUAGUCUUCAAUCACAUAAUAGGAGAAUUAGAUUUCUAUUGAACUUAGACCACCUGGUGUCUCACACUUUAUGCCAGUGUAGUUGAAAUUUGCAUAUAUUUUCAAUGCGUGUAACCUUUAUUUGCAGUAAGAAAGAAUGGUGGAAGACUCGGACAACCUCAAAGACUCUGGAAGUCCAAGGACAAGGACAGAAACACCUGUCAGGAGAAAGAACAGAUUUAUUAAUGCAGUGCUGAGUUACCUCACGGGUCCAAGAUUUCUGGUUUAUGCAAGCUGUGCACUUUCUAUAUGGGGUGAUCGAAUGUGGCAUUUUGCCAUGUCCGUAUUCCUGAUAGAAUUGUAUGGACAUAAUCUCCUUCUAACAGCUGUUUUUGGGUUAGUGGUGGCUGGCUCUGUACUAGUGUUUGGGGCUUUAAUUGGAGAUUGGAUUGAUAGAAAACCAAGAAAUAAAGUUGCUCAUGCAUCACUGUUCAUUCAGAACUCCUCUGUCACGGCCUGCUGCGUAGUACUGAUGUUGGUGUUCUCUUACAAAACCGAGAUGGAACAAAUGUGGCACGGCUGGUUUACAGUUUUCUGUUAUGCAGUGGUAAUCAUCUUAGCUGACCUGGCAAACCUGGCGAGCACAGCGCUGACAAUAACCAUUCAGAAAGACUGGAUUGUGGUCAUCACGGGUGAAAACCGAGGCCAGCUGGCUGGAAUGAAUGCAGCUAUAAGAAGAAUGGAUCAAGUCAUAAAUAUCUUCGCUCCUUUGUCUGUGGGGCAGGUUAUGACCUGGGCCUCUAAUGUCAUUGGCUGCGGAUUUAUUCUUGGAUGGAACUUGAUCUCUCUUCUGGUAGAAUUUAUAUUCCUCUCCAGGGUGUAUCAGCUAGUGCCUCCGUUGGCUGUAAAACCUCAGCAGAAUGUAGGAGGAUAUGUGAUAGAAAGACAUAUUGAACUUACAAAUGUGCCAGAUUACUGCACAGUGGAGCAGUUGCCACCAGAACCAUUAAAACCUUCUGACUGGUAUUUUACAGGGGAUCUUCCCAUUUGCUCAGCUGUUGGUGAAUUCAUCAACAAACGUGGGAUUCCAGAGGCAACGAUGGAGCAGAAAUCCAGUCCUGAAAUGCAACGCAAGUCAAUCACAAAAGUGCCUCUUUGCUUCAGAAAAAUGCACAGGAUGCUGUGUACAUGCAGAGAUGGCUGGAAAGCAUAUUACAGGCAGUCUGUGUUUUUAGCAGGCUUGGGUUUAGCCUUCUUGUACACCACAGUGCUUGGCUUUGACUGUAUCACUACAGGGUAUGCCUACACGCAGGGGAUCAGUGGCUCUCUUCUCAGCAUACUCAUGGCUCUUUCUGCCUUCUCAGGACUAAUGGGCACAAUUUUGUUUACUAAGCUAAGAAAGCGAUAUGGCUUGGCUGUCACAGGAAUCGUAUCCAGCCUCCUCCAUGUAAGCUGUUUAAUGCUGUGUGUGUUUUCAGUCUUUGCCCCCGGCAGUCCUUUUGACUUGGGUAUUUUCUCUCUUCUCACAAGUAAGAACUCUUCCUUAAACCACGAGACACUGCAAAAGAACCAGCUGCAUAUUUACCCAUUCCAAAGAAACAUCAACCAACCCAUACUGCCAGAUCGUUCUUCAAUUCAUUGGACUAAUAAUACAGUGCUGUUGGACAGCGUGCAUGGGGGUGAUCACCCAGAAUCCUAUAUUUCAAUCAUUCUCUUGUUCUCAGGAGUGAUACUAGCCAGAAUUGGUCUUUGGUCAUUUGACUUGACUGUGACCCAGCUUCUUCAGGAGAACAUUCCAGAAUCAGAACGUGGGAUAGUCAAUGGUGUUCAGAGCUCUAUGAACUACUUGAUGGACCUUGUACAUUUCAUUAUGGUUAUUCUAGCUCCUCAACCACAACAAUUUGGACUGCUGGUGAUAAUUUCCUUACUGUUUGUGAUAACUGGGCAUGUCAUGUAUUUUAUUUAUGCUAAAAAAUAUAAAAUUAAAGAAACCAUGAUACAAAAAAACUCAGAGAGGAAGCCACAGAAUCUCUCUGUCUGAAAGUCUCAGACUCUUUUUAUUUUAAAAUGAUCUUUCAUUCAUGGAUUAUAGGUUUCUUGCAUAAAAACAUUAACUAAACUCAACACACUAGCGAAAAUGUUCCUCUGUUUCUAUUCUCACCCCCAAACACACUGUUAUUUCAUGAGAAUUAAAGAAUAAUACUAAAUGCAAGAUUUUUUCCCCAAAAUACUUCAAGUUGUGUUUUUUAAAAGGACAGUCUAAUUUCUGUAUCUGGUUAGUUUUUACCUAUCAACUCUUUACAAGGACAAAGCUUAUUCUCAGGGUUCUAGAGGAAAAUGACAUGGCAAUUGUUUUCUCCUUUGUUGGCCCUAUGUAGAGAACAUUAAAACAGAAUUCACAAUUUGCACAUCAUAACCGCCCUUCUUAAGCAAAUGAUACUGUAGUUAUUUUUUAACCACAUCUUUUCCGUCACACCAGAUAAAGCAACAGGAAUGUAUCUUCCUAGAUAGUUUGUAGAAACCAAUCGUGUUUACAUCCCGCAUAUUGUAUUCAAAGUAUCACUAAGAAAUACUAUAUUUUUUAUUUUGGACUGGCCAAAUACUGACCUCUGUAUUACAAAUACAUAUUUGAAAUUUUCCCUGUAGUUAUUAUACAAGGUGAUUUAGAAUUUUUUUGUGGCACUUCUUUCUUUCCUAUUUUCAUUUUAUUUUAAUGGAAAAAAAUAAAACGUAGCUCAGCAAACUGUUCAAACAAGUUAGUGGCUAUAUGAGCAUUCAUUUAUUCACUAAAGCUUUCUUGAAUGCAGUUUUUUUU